CUGGCCCUGCAUAUAUAGUAGCCAUCCAUUACAUUACAUUACAUACACCGUACCGGCCGGGCCCCAUCGUCCCGUCGCGUCGCCCGCCGGCAAACAUGGGGGGCGGCGGCGGCGGCGGAUGCGAUGUGGCGAAGCCGGUGGCGGCGAUGGUGGCGAUUCAGGUGAUGUCUGCGGGCGUGAACAUAUUCUACAAGCUGGCGGUGUCGGACGGCAUGGACAUGAGGGUGCUCGUCGCCUACCGCUACCUCUUCGCCUCCGCCUUCCUCGCGCCACUCGCCUACUUCAUAGAGAGGAAGAGACGGACAAAGUUGACGUGGAGAGUGUUGGUGAUGUCUUUCAUAUGUGGCCUCACCGGGGGCUCGCUGGCGCAGAACCUGUACAUCUCCGGCAUGAAGCUGACCUCGGCCACCUUCGCCUCCGCCACCACCAACCUCAUCCCGGGGGUCACCUUCGUGCUGGCGCUCAUCUUCCGCUACGAGGGACUCGCCAUCCGCGCCGCCUCGGGCCAGGCCAAGGUGGCCGGCACCCUGCUGGGCGUCGCCGGCGCCAUGCUGCUCACCUUCUACAAGGGCGCCGACAUCACACCGUGGCACAGCCACGUCAACCUCGCCCGCGCCGGCGCCGGCGCCGUGCACCACCACCCGCCGCCGGAUGAUGAUCAGGCCGCCAACCGCGUGAUGGGCUCGCUGCUGUGCAUCAGCAGCUGCGUCUUCUACGCGCUCUGGCUCAUCCUGCAGGCCAAGCUCAGCAAGGAGUACCCGUUCCACUACUCCAGCACGGCGCUCAUGUGCGUGAUGAGCACGCUGCAGUCCGUGGCCUUGGCGCUGAUCUGGAGUCGCCACGACGUCGUCGCGCAGUGGCGGCUGGGCCUCGACGUCCGCCUGCUCUCCGUCGCCUACUCGGGCGUCCUGGCCUCGGGCGUCAUGCUCGUCGUGCUGUCCUGGUGCGUCAAGAAGCGGGGACCUCUGUUCGCGUCCGUCUUCAACCCGCUCAUGCUGCUGGUGGUGGCCGUCCUCAGCUCGCUGCUGCUGGGCGAGAAGCUCUACCUCGGCAGCGCGCUCGGCGCCGUGCUCAUCGUCCUGGGGCUCUACGCCGUGCUCUGGGGGAAGGGCCGAGAGGACGUCACCACCACCAAGGUCAGCGAGCUGCCCCUGCCCAUCGUCACUACUUCUGACGACGACGACGACGGCGCCACCACCGUCGACGUCGUCGUCGUGCAGACGUCCGAUCACGAUUCCACCAAGCAGCAGCAGCAGCAGCAGCAGCGGACGACGAGAUGAUUGAAGUUACUACUAUUACGUAACAGGGGAGGGAUUUUAGCUCAUCAACCAACUUGAUCAAUGCAACAACCUGCUGACCGGGCCGGCCGCCAUAUGUGUAUGCAUGUAGAAUUGAUUGAUGGUAUUGCUGAUUGGCUAGUUAGCUAGGUCACGGUCACCAUGCAUGCAAUUGUAUCUGUCGUCAUGCAUCAUGCCUCAAUUGAAUUCCAUACAUCUGUCGCCUCGAUCGUCUCAAUGGCGUAGCGUGCAACAUGGAGGAGAUAUAUAUAAUAGCUGCAAGAUAUAGUAGAAAAUUACUGUAUCACGCAAUCAUCAAUUGCAAUGCAAAGCGAGUGAUGUUCAUCCAAA